CCGAUACAUUUAACAAAAAGACCGGCUAUAUAGUGGUUUCGUUUUAAAUUUAAACUUUGCGGCUUUUUGGCGAUUAGGGAGUAGUUCCCCCUUGUAUAUUCAUAUAUAUUUGCGCGGUAUAUUCUGAUAAAGGAUUAUUUGCGUAAAGGAAGAGGUGAUAAUACAGUGAUCUUUCACCCGGGGAACGUCACAAGAUAGCGCUGGUGUGAAAAAAAUAGUUUCUUUUGUUUUAAUUUAGUGUCUGCGUAUAACUUGUCAUGCUAGCUGGUGUUGUCGUAAAACCGAAAAUGGAAACAAUUAAUGGAGAGAAUAUUAAUAAAGUGGAGACGUUGGUAAUGGCUCAGAAAACGUUGAUAGAUCAACAAACGAAUUUAAUUGGAUUGCUUACAGAACAACUAAAUUCCCAAGAUCCGACCCCGUGUAAGAGCAUCAGCAUCUCAGAUCGACUGAAGCAAUUUCUCAAAGAUAAACCAACACAAUUUUGGCUCGCUGGAGUGUUGCUUGCUCUAAUGAUAAUCUCCUCGAUUGUCCUCUUUUUUUGCCUUUACAAGUUUAAUGAAGGUGCACCUGUUGGUCCUCCAACAUUUGGACAUGGGGACGAUCUUGGAGAUGGGAUACAAGUUAUAAAUAGAGAGGAAUGGUUGGCCCGCGCACCCCGUCAUAUCAAAAAACUAAAAGGACCACUAAAAAUGGUCAGGAUAAUGCAUACCGCAGGAGCAUUUUGCAAGGACUAUCAAAAGUGUGCCAGUCAAGUGCAGACAUUACAGGGUUGGCAGGUAUCACAGUUUGACAUGCCGGACAUCGCUUACAAUUACCUGAUUGGUGGUGAUGGUAAUGUUUAUGUUGGACGAGGACCGGAAGUCGAGAAUCAAUGGCAGAAAAACGCCUAUGAUAUAGUUUACCUAGGCAACUACUUGGGACCCUACGACCAACUCUCCGAUAAAAUGGAAACUGCAGGAAAGCGAAUUAUCGCCAGAUUAAGAAAUGAGGGUUACUUGACCCCGGAUUACAUCGUAAUCGCUCAAAAUCAAACCUUCAAUACUCUUAGUCCGGGAGAGAAUAUUUUCAAAAAAAUCGUUAAAUGGCCGCAUUAUGAUCCCGGGCCGCAUUUCAAUGAAACUGAAACUUAAUAUAACUAACAGUUAGUUGGGGAAUAAAUAUGUAGUAAACUUUUUAUGGGAUUAGGCAAUAUAAAAAUCUAGGGGUGAUAUUUAUUAUAUAAUAUAUAUUGUAUAUGGUAUAAGAGUAGUACUAUAAAAAAACACAUUUUUUUUUAAAUACUGGAAAAAUAAAGAUGUAGACACAUUUUUCUUAGAGUGUUAAAAUUCAAAAACUAUAAUGCAAAAUUUAUUAAUAAUUUCUAUACAUCACUGGCCUUGAUCUCCCCAAUACUCUUAAAAACAAUUGUUUUUAAAUACUUUUUAAUUAUUUAAGGAUUAUUUCUAUUGUAAUCUCGCGCUACUCAAAUAUUUUCUUGCUAUUGCACUUAUUCCUAUUUUAUUAUCUAAAAAUUUACUUAUUUUAUUAAAGUAACCAAAAAAAACAUGUAAUGUGCCAUAUUUUAUAUAACCUGUUAUAUAAUAUAAAUAAAGAAAUUCAUGCUUAA